AUGCAUUUAAUAUUUAUAUCAAUUAUUAUCAUAUGCUAUUUAUUUUUAUUUACUAUUAUUCUUCAUAAAUCGGAAAGUGUCAAAAUUCGACAAGAUUUAGCAUUACAUACACAUUUAAUCGUUAUUCUUUAUAAACGUGAUUAUUUAAAUAUUAAUAAAUGUAACAAAAAAAGUUGUUUAGUACAUGAAGAAAAUCUUUUUACUUGUGUUGUACUUAGUAUGCUUCAAGUGGCUUAUAUCAGUUUUGAUAUAUUAAAUCAUCAAGCAUCAAUUCAUGCAUUACCUGAAAAUUUUGAAUAUCUCGCACGAGCAGCUGAGCAUUUAGCUCUUUCGGAAGAUUUUAAUCAUGUUAAUGUUAUACAUCAUCGACAUAUUUCACCAACUGAAAGUUUUGACACUGUUAAUGAAGAUUUUGUAUCAUAG